AUGAAACCAUCAGUCCUUCAUCAUGGACGUUGUGAUCAUCCAGCGGCGGGGAGCAGUAGUUCCACUGAUGAGAUGAGUGUGGACGAGCGUGAGGACAAGAAUAUUCAAACAACACUGCCAUCAUCACCACAACAACAACAAUUCAACAACAAUAUUCGUAUCGGAAUGGAAAGGGGACGUGAUGAGGAAGUGUCAGAUCGGAACAGCCAGAGUUAUCAACCGACAAGUAUGAAUAAUUAUCAGCUUACGGAUCAGCAGCAAAUAAUUAUGUCAUCAUCAUCAACGACAUCAACCAAUAACGUUUUAUUCACAAAUAAUCCGAGUGGAUCCUUUUACAAUAAUAUUAUUAGACGAGAGAAUCGAUUGAAAAUGCAUAAAAGAAAAGCCACGAGUGGUGUCCCGUUUCAGGACUGGGAUCCUGAUGUGAGAGAGAAGAAAGUAAAGAAGUUUGUUCAAGCUUGUUCUGAUGGUAAUUUUGUGCAAAUGUACAAGCUAUUUAGAGAAGGAGUUGAUAUUAAUACAAAAGACCGAUACGACGAAUCAGGACUGUAUAACGCUGCCAAUGAAGGACACUAUACUAUUUUAAAGUUUUUAGUGAAACAUGGUGCAAAUAUUGAUGCUGCCAACAGUGGAUUAAAAACUGCUCUUUGGAUCGCUUCAUAUAAUGGAAAAUUUAAAGUAGUUCAACGAUUGCUGAAAUUAGGAGCAGCCAAACAAUUGCGAUGUUCUCCACUCAUCGACAACACCACUCCAGAGGAAAUUGCACGAGAACAGGGUUUUGAGGAAAUUGCUAAUUAUAUAAGAAAUUUUGAUGCUGAAAAUUAUCGUAUUUUCAAAAAUUGUAAAAAGAGAUUCAAAACACGACUGGUCAACCAGCAACAACUAUUGUACAGUAACACCUUUGUAGAUAUCAUCAUUCAAUGCUCAAAUGAAUACGAUGGCACUCAUCAAGACGAAGAAUCAGUUUGUACUGAAAUUAGUCUUAAUUUGAGACCAUCCAAGAACAAGAGACCAAAAUUUUCAAAUGCAAACUUGGCUUUAGAACCAUAUUCCAGUGUCUUGUAUGUUGCAGAUCAACCUUACUAUUUUUAUACAUGUGAGUGUUGUAAAGCACCAUUUUUCAGUACUCUCUCAGAAUAUGACCAUUAUCUGCUCCACAAAAUUGAGCACCAUAAUAACACCCUUCUUACUCAUAGCACUUCGAUAUAUACACUUAACAGCAACAAUACAUUGUCACAUCCAGCUCAGGCUUUAACACAACAUGAUUCGGAUGCCUUAAUGGAAGAUGACAGCCAUGACAUUGAACUACCUCCUAUUGAAUGUCCUAACGACUUUGAGGUUGGAAAUGGACGAUUGUUUUUCAGAAGCACCAUGGCAUCUGAUGUCGACAUUGAAAAUAUUCAUGAAGUAGCUUCAAUAUUUUUUGAACCAUGCAUCAUGCUUCCUCUGCCUGUUGACCAACUAUCUGGAGACAUGUUCCACAUGCUCAAACGAUUUCAUUCGCAGGAUAGCUCUGUAAUAGUUGACAAUGAGGAGUUUUAUCCAAAGAAAAAGAAGAAAUUCGACUCGUAG